CCGUCACAUCGUCCAUUUUCACGUAAUCGCACAUGGUGCCGCACCGGCCCAGGUCCACCAGCCUCUCUAUUAUUGGGGUUUUAGUCUGUUUAAGCGAGAUACCUAAAUUCUAUUCCUGUUAAAUGCAAGACACAGUGGAUAUGGUGGACGACCCCGAGUAUGAAGAGGAAGAGCCUUCCUUCAGCGACCCGGAGGACUUCGUGGAUGACAUCGAAGAUGAUGAGCUCCUUUUGGACAUCCUGAGAGAGAAGCCUCAGGAGGCUGAUGGCAUAGACUCGGUGGUGGUGGUGGACAAUGUCCCCCAGGUCGGCCCAGAGCGCUUGGAGAAGCUUAAGAACGUCAUACACAAGAUUUUCUCCAAGUUUGGCAAGAUCACCACUGAGUUCUACCCAGAGGCUGAUGGCAUGACCAAAGGGUACAUCUUCCUGGAGUAUGCUGCUCCCACUCAGGCUCUGGAGGCAGUGAAGAAUGCAGAUGGGUACAAACUCGACAAGCAGCAUACAUUUAGAGUGAACCUCUUCACCGAUUUUGACAAGUACAUGACCAUCAGCGAUGAGUGGGAAACUCCAGAGAAGCAGCCUUUCAAAGACUUUGGUAAUAUGCGCCACUGGAUUGAGGACCCGGACUGUCGUGAUCAGUACAGUGUGAUUUACGAGGCUGGAGAGAGGACGGCCAUUUUCUCCAACGAUGCUAAAGAGCCUAUCACAGCUGAAGAAAGAGCACGUUGGACAGAAACGUAUGUGCGCUGGUCUCCUAAAGGCACCUACCUGGCUACCUUUCACCAGCGAGGCAUUGCAUUAUGGGGUGGCGAGAAGUUCAAACAGAUUCAGAGGUUCAGCCAUCAGGGAGUUUCUCUCAUCGACUUUUCACCGUGUGAGAGGUAUGUUGUGACCUUCAGUCCACUGAUGGACACUAAGGAGGACCCACAGGCCAUCAUCAUCUGGGACAUUCUUACAGGACAGAAGAAGAGAGGCUUCCACUGCGAGAGCUCAGCACAUUGGCCCAUUUUCAAAUGGAGCCACGAUGGAAAGUUCUUUGCCAGAAUGACCCAAGACACGCUGAGCAUCUAUGAGACUCCAUCAAUGGGCCUGCUCGACAAGAAGAGUCUCAAGAUCAGUGGAAUCAAGGACUUCUCAUGGUCUCCCGGGGACAACAUCAUUGCAUUCUGGGUACCUGAGGACAAAGACAUCCCGGCCAGAGUGACUCUGAUGCAGUUGCCUUCCCGUCAGGAGAUUCGGGUCCGCAAUCUUUUCAACGUUGUUGACUGCAAACUGCACUGGCAGAGGAACGGAGAUUAUCUGUGCGUGAAAGUGGACAGGACUCCUAAAGGGACACAGGGUGUGGUCACCAACUUCGAAAUCUUCCGCAUGAGGGAGAAGCAGGUUCCUGUUGACGUGGUGGAAAUGAAGGAUAGCAUUAUCGCAUUUGCGUGGGAGCCCAAUGGCAGUAAGUUUGCUGUUCUGCAUGGAGAGUCUCCCAGAAUCAAUGCCUCCUUCUAUCAUGUCAAAAACAACGGCAAGAUUGAACUCAUAAAGAUGUUUGACAAGCAGCAGGCCAACAGCAUCUUCUGGAGCCCACAGGGACAGUUCAUGGUGUUGGCUGGACUCAGGAGUAUGAACGGAGCUCUUGCCUUCGUGGACACAUCAGACUGCACCAUGAUGAACAUAGCAGAGCACUACAUGGCCUCUGAUGUGGAGUGGGACCCGACCGGACGCUAUGUUGUCACCUCUGUGUCAUGGUGGAGCCACAAGGUGGACAAUGCGUACUGGCUGUGGACGUUCCAGGGGCGUCUUCUUCAGAAGAACAACAAAGACCGCUUCUGCCAGCUGCUCUGGAGACCCAGACCUCCCACCCUUCUCAGCACAGAUCAGAUCAAGAUGAUCAAGAAGGAUCUUAAGAAAUACUCUAAGAUCUUUGAGCAGAAGGAUCGUCUGAGCCAGUCCAAGGCAUCCAAGGAGCUUGUGGACAAACGUCGGGCCAUGAUGGAGGAAUAUCGCCGCUACAGGGAAACAGCGCAGCAGAUCUACCAGGAACAGAAGAGCAUCCGCCUCGAGCUCAGAGGAGGAGUGGACACCGAUGAACUGGACAGCAACGUUGACGACUGGGAGGAGGAGACCAUUGAGUUUUUUAUCAACGAAGAAAUCAUUCCCCUUGGAGAUCUGUAGUCCCCUACGCAGUCCAUCCGUUUUUGUGUGGAAGGCGAAGACGGGAUUGAUUGGAGAAGGACAACGACCACGCCGAAAAACCUCGAGGUUCAUCGCGAGCCUCAUCAUUCAACUUAAGUGACAUCAUCGAAGCACGCCUUGCAGAUCAACGGCCACAUCGAGGGACAAGAGACAAUACUUUGCAUUCAGCUGUUUUCUCUUAGUCUCUCACCAUCAUCUGCCCCAUUUUUAUUCUCGGUGGAACUUGAUCUUUUAGUAAAAUCUGCCUGCUUUUUUCUACUCAUUAAUUGAAGUCACCGGCUCUAACCUGAGCCCCGUCUCAUCCUCGUUGGGGUUGUUUCUGAACCAGCCCUCACUAUGCUAGUGUGUUAUCAGCGGGCAGAGCGUACUAUACCAGAGGGGGGUGGAGGUGUUGUGACUAAACCAGUAGCCUUGUUAGUAAAUGUGCUGAUGUGGCACUAUAGUGGCCUGUAUCCUCCUCCUUUCAGACUAGGCUUUCACACAGGGAGGGGGUGCGUUGUGGGAAAACCUUUAAAUAAACACUUAAAAACAAUA